CAAUGAGAGAAAAUCCAAACUCAUCCCUCUCCUUCGCAAGGAGGAGAUGCACGCACGAGCUGUGAUCAGGUCCCUUGGACUCCAUAUCCCUGCAGUUGCGUCGUUGCUUCAGGAUUACCUUCAUGAUGCUAAUGAGGAUGAUUUGGGGAAUGCUGAAGUAGUGGCUGCUGAGGCUGCUGCCCCUGCUGAAGUGGCUGCUGCCCCUGCUAUAAUUCAUGUUCCUAGAUGGUGUGCUGAAAUGGAUGUGGCUUUUGAUGCAGCAGUUAACCAGCUCCCUCCUGACCUUCGCAGACCAUAUCAGAUCCAUGCUAUCAUGGUGCGUCAGUUCCCUGGUUUGACACGUAAUCAAGUUCGAGGCCGGAAAAAGCGAGUUGCUAUAGACUCCCACGAGUGAUCACACUACUAAAUAUGUAAUUAGCUUUAAACUCCAGGUUGACUGGAGAAGUUACUGAUUAUCUUAUAAUUAUUAGUUACACUGUUUUUGUUUUUCGGUUAUUGAGGACAAGAAACCUGUUUAUGUGGU